AUGUCCAGCCCGGACGACCUCGAUCCUGGAGUCGUCACUAUGCCUGUUGACUCGACUGCGAAACUUCUUGCUGGCGAAGCUGGCCAGGAUAUAAAGUCGGCAUCUUCUACAGUGUAUACAGUCUGUCGCCACACCAUUGCUCUCCUUCCGCACUUUGACCCUUCCACACCGCCAACGCUCACCAACGCUCUUUCGAUCAAAUCAACAAAUCAUGUCAGGCCAAGGCGGUACUCAGUCUCCCCCUCUCCAGGGACGCGAGAACGAUCCCAUGGGUCAGGUAAGCACCGAACACCUCCUCGUCGGUUACAGUGCACAGCAGAUAAAUCAACUGCAGAUUCACUGACUGUCUUCCUCGUAUUCCUUCUUCGUCGCCUUCAGUCCGCUCCGGGAAAAGAUUCGCACGCCGUUCCAGAUGACCAGCAGCGAGGGGGUGUCUUCGGAGACGGAGAGAACAAGGGCGCCGAGAGCGGCCAAGCCGGCGACUCCAACAGCGGUGCUGGCAACCUCAAGAACGUAAGUAUCAUGGCCCAGUUGUUCAUUGCCUUCCGUUCCGAAUCCGAUCAGUCCAAACGAGAUCGUCUAGCUGACCUAUCUGCUUCUUUCUCGAAAAUUUCCCAAAACAGGCGGUGGACAAUGCAAAGCACGCCGCAAGCCAACACGGCAAGUGAGGACGGGACUGCGACGUUUGAAUUCGCCCCCGCCUACGAGGCAGCAAAGCGUUCUCAAGCACAAAACAGCUGGCUUGAAUUCAUGCUGUGA